UCUGUCUGCCCUCUAGCGUAGUACUCUCCUUUCACUCACCGCUAUUCAUCACCGUCCAGGAUACAUUUACACAAACCCACGUAGGUAGACAGAAUACUGUCCCAGUGGAGUGAAGAGUUUGGCUGAUAGAUACAGAUAUAUGUACAUUACCUUGGAAAGAGCUAGAAAGUGGGGAUCUGUAGCGGUGCAGUUGAAGCUGAAGUUUUCUCCCCCACUACGUUUUUUUUUUAAUGAUUUUUGUCCCAAAGGAUACCACACACAGCUGCAGAGGCUGCCAGCUCCAACUGUAGCAAACACAAGUCGAUGACUGAGAACUCUGCGUCCCAUGAUGGACAAGAAAAGUGCCAACGGCUUUCAGACCAAGGCCAGUGAGGGCGGCGUUCAGAGGAAGCAGCUGCCCUACUCAGUGGAAACUCCCUAUGGCUUCCACCUGGACCUGGACUUCCUCAAGUACGUUGAUGAUAUUGAAAAAGGCAAUACCAUCAAAAGGGUCCACAUUCAGCGAAGGGUCAAGGGACCGCCCAAAUUCAGCACUCUGCCCAGAAAUUUCAGCCUUCCUGGGCAUGGGGCUAGGCCUGCCCCGAAGGAAAAGGACAGCACAUGGUCUGGUACGUCCACCCUGGGGCCCAAGCCUAAAUCACGGGUGACAGAAGUCCAACAGAUCUUUGACUUCAGGGCAAGUGAAGGGGGAACUUCCACCCAAAGCAGCAGGGGGACAACUGGUGGGGUAGCUGGCUAUGUUUCAGCUAAGCCCAGAGAGGAAGUAGGAGCUGGUGCUCGGGAUGUUGAAGACAAAACUGCGGAGAAUCAAAGCCGGCCGAACUUGCUCCGAGCAUCAAGCAUGCCCAUCACCCUACAGCAGCGGAAAGGUUCUGAUUCAAGCAGUCCGGACCGUGUUGUGGGAACACCGGAGAGUGGUUCGACAGAGAACGUGUUCCGUGCUUCUCCGGACAUAACAGAGAGACGGUGUGUUCCGCAGGAUCGGACAGGGCUUCACCAGCAGAUCACAGUGGCACUGAAGCGGGUCAGAGAGCUGGAAGAGCAGGUCAAAACCAUCCCAGAACUAAAGGCUCAGAUCUGCUCACUGAGGGAGGAGAGGGAGAAACUACUGCUUCAGCUCCAAGCCCAGGCCCAAGCCCAGGUUUCCACAUCGUCCCCUACAAUUGUGCCGAAUUCUGAUUCUGGGCCACGCGCUCAGCCACAAGGACACAGACCUACAGAAGGGCUCAACUUAGCUCUGAUGACUCACCCCACUGGAGGUUUAGAAGCUUCAGAGUGCAUGCCAACAAAGCCAGAAACAGGCAAAGGAAGACAAAGUGUUACAGAGAAAAGUAAAGUGUCACAAAAAGAGAGCUCCUCAGCACAUGGAGAAGUGGGUGGGUUGUCAGAUCAAGAAUCUGAGAGACAAACACAGCCGUCAGACAAACAAAAGGAGACAUUAGACAGUCCUCUGGAGCAUGCAGUGAAAAAACUAUCACAGGACAUUGCAGGACAGGAAUUAACAUCACUUAGGAUGGCUAUAAAAGACGCAGAGACUAGCAGUAUUCAAGAUGGUGAUGCAGCAAAAGGAGGAAAACUUGAGGACCCAGACAGUAUGCAGAAUCUGCAGGAGAAGCUAAUGACACUGGAGGCUAAACUUACUCAGGCUAAACAAGACUUGGAGAGAACGAAUGCUCUUUUGAAAGAGCAAAUAAAUGAAAACAAGGUAAAAGAAGAGAAAAUACUACAGCUGAGUGAUGGAAUAAGAGUGGAGAUAUGUUCGCCAGAAGCACACAGCAGGCCAAGAAGAGAGAGUAUUGACACAGGGACAGAGACAGAGAAAGUAGAUUUUACCAACCGGGAGACAGAGACUGAAUCACCUGGUACAGUAGAUCAGGGAACAGAUACAGAUAGAAUCUGUAUUGAGGUGUGUGUACCCAAACCAAGGGCUGGAAGUAUAGAUCAAGGCACAGAGACUAAUAAAGCUGACACACAUGAACAGGUGACAGGGAUGGAGGCAGAAGCAGCUGCUGUGAGCCCACCAAGACCCAGAGCCAACAGCAUGGAACGGGGCACAGUAACUGAGAGAAUCGCCACUCAGGAUCAGAUGACGGAGACACCCGUAGCGGAAAGGGUAAACCAAGUCACAGAAACAGAGGGAGAGACAAUAACGGACCAUCCGCAGAGACCGAGGGCCAGCAGUGUAGAACGGGGGACAGUGACAGAGAGAGUGGACACUGUGGACAGGGUGACUGAGACAUUGGAAGCGCAGAGGACAGACCAGCAGACUGAGACAGAGGUAGAAAGACGACAUGAUAACAAUCCAGCCAGAGGUGCAGAAGCAGAGAGUCAAGUGAGAGAAAGUGCAGGCAGCGAAAGAGUAGAGGGUGUAGGUACUGUGGUCAGCGAAAGUGUGGAAGAUAAGGAAGAAAACGAAAGAAUUCAAAGAGAUAGUGAAGAAAGUGAAAGUGUGAAAGUUGUCACAGAGAGUACGAUUACAGUACUAGAAAGCAGAGCUGAUCAAACUGUAGUUUCAGAUAUUGUAAGCCAGGAUGAAGGCCGUACCAGUCCUCUUGUUGCAGCAGGAGAAAGUACAGAACCUAAGAUUGAAAUGGUUAUGGCACAAAAGGGCUCAGAAACAAAAGAAAUUGAACCUCCAAAAAGUGAAAUUGUUGAAACACAGCAGAUUGCUCUUGAGACAGUGGAGAAAAAACAAACAGCAGAGGGUGAGACUGUGUGUGCAGCAAUCAAAGAAACUGUGGUCACUGACACGGUUGUGGUAACAGCAGCAGCAGAGAAUGCAGCUGUAAAGACGGUAGCUCCUGUACGACCCCAGAGAGGCCGAAAGCUCUCAGCAGACCAGGCACAGCCAUCACCUUCUCAACUUCAAACAGCACCUGUACGUCCUCGUAGGGGAUCCAGUGAAACUCAAGCCAAGGAAUCCCAGCCCCAGACAAAAACCCAGCCCCAGGUGCAGGUACAGGGUUCACCUGUGCCUGCACUUGCGCCUGUCGAGGCCCAAACCCCAACACAGCUCUCUGAACCACAGAUAAAACAGCAAGCCCCAUCUCCUGCUCAGGUUGAGGACCGCACCUCAGCAAAGAGGCCUCCUGGGGAGUCAGGUGAGAAACAACCUCAGACUGCAACUCAGGGCCCGCUCCCAGGUUCCAAGGAAGUCCAAGUCCGCCCCAAAUCAAUUCAAGCACAGUCUCGGUCUCAAUCUGCUGCAACUCGACGAGAUUCCAAAGAGGGUAAAGCACCACAGAGGGGAUCUAGUGUAUCACAACCUCCUAGCCGUGGAUCAGCAGAAGCUCAGACCCGCCCAACUCGCCAGGGGGCAUGCGACACCCAACCUCAGUCUCAGGGCUCUCGUAGAAGUUCCAGUGAGACUCAACCCCCUCACAAGGAUGCAAGCGAGACACAAUCACUACGCAGAGGCUCCAGUGAAACAGCCCAGCGUCGUGGUUCAAGUGAAGCCCAGGCCUCACGUAAGGACACUGGCGAGGCCCAGCCUCCUCGCAGAGGGUCCAGUGAGUCACCAACAUCGCCAGCGGCUUUGGGCCAAGUCGUAACCCGGUUAACAGGGCUUCUGGGGGAGCAGUGGGCGCAGCUGGGGAGCAGCUCUGGAACUCAACAGACGGCCAGCCAGCAGGAAAGCCCCAACACACAGAAACAGACGGCAGGGAAAAGAGCAGAGGCAGGGAAAGGAGCAUCAGCCAAGCCUGCAGGGAAGGCAGUCCCUGCAGCAGCGACAGGGAAACCAGCAGGGAAGCCUGGUCCUUCCAAAAUGAGCACUAUUCAAAGUCAACUGGUCAGCUCCCUCAGUGUCCUCUCUGCCUUCUACUCUCCAGGCCAGAAAGCAGCUGCUGCCAGCAAACAGCAAGAACAAGGUCUCAAAUCUAUUAUGAAGAAAAAUGGUGUUGCUGACAAGCAGGGGAACAAGGGAGCCAAGAAAAACCUGAAGUUUGUUGGGGUGAACGGAGGCUAUGAGACGACAUCCAGCGAAGAGUCCAGUGGAGAUGAGAAGUCGAAGGUGGAGGUGGAGGUGGAGGAAGAGGACAGCUCAGAACCAGAGGUAGAAAAGGAGAAGGAGACGGAGCCUCAGCCGGCGGAGAAGCCUGAGGAGGGAGCAGAGACCCAGCAGAAGGAUGCAGAGGUCGCAGCCGAGGGAGGAGGUGCCGUGGCUGCAGAGAAGGAGAGUGAAAGAGGCCUGCUGGAUCCGGAAGGCCCCCAGGAGCUACUGGAAGAACAGGCUGAAGGGGAGAAAGUUGACCAGGGGUUUAUAGACGCCUGCAUCUAUGUAAAAGACCGCAUGGAAGAAGUUUCAUCUCCAGAUAAAGAAAUGCGUCAGGUUUUAGUGGUGCUCUACCAGGAGUGGUUCAAGAUCUCCAGUCAGAAAGACUCGCAGGCAGAUACCGUCAGAUUAUACCUGCGACAAGUGGGCUUGACCACACCCACUCUCCUGCCAUAUGUAGUUAACUUGACAGACGGCAAUGGGAACAUGGCUCUCCACUACAGUGUGUCGCAUUCAAACUUCCCAGUGGUUAAACUGCUGCUGGAUACGGGCCUAUGUGAGACAGACAAUGUGAACAAGGCAGGCUAUACUCCGGUGAUGCUCGCUGCUCUGACGGCUGCUGAGAGCCCUGAUGACCUGGAGGUGGCACAACAACUGUUGAGACUGGGUGACGUCAAUGCAUGCUCCAGACAGGCGGGCCAAACGGCACUCAUGCUCGCAGUGAGCCACGGCCGCGUUGCCAUGGUGAAGCUGCUCCUGAGCUGUGGUGCGGAUGUAAAUGCCCAGGACCGUGAGGGCUCCACGGCUCUGAUGUGUGCCUCCGAACAUGGACACACAAACAUUGUUCGUAUGCUGCUGGAGACAGGACGCUGUGACUCCAGCCUCACAGAUAAGAAUGGACAGACAGCGCUGUCGGUGGCAGAAGCAGCCCCCCACCAAGAGAUAGUUGACCUUCUUAAGGCUCACGCUGAGUCCAAAGCCUCUGAGCCCUCGUCUACCGCAGACCUCCUCUGAGCCAGACCGAGUAUGUUUACUUCUCCAGACCGCUCCAGCUCACCGACCCCCAACCCUUCAGUUUCCAAAACACCCCGCCCACCAACAAUGAGGGAAAAUGUUGACAUAGUGACACUGUACAAGACUCCAUAUGACCAGUGGAACAAGUGGAACCACAUAUAAACCUCUGAGAUUGGAGUGUCCAGCAAUGUACGCCCACAUGUUCUCUUCCACAUCUCUGCCAACAUGCCCAGUGGGUGUUUAUGGAUAUGCUGCAUCAACCACUCAGUGGACAGACAACAAAGGGGGCCUGGUCGGAUUAACGAUAAGACGUUUCCAUGGCGACAAGUGUGAUUGAGAAGAUAUUACAUAGGGCACAGGGUCAUGAUAUAAUAAGGGAGCAGGGAUGGACGGACAAGCAAUUGGAUGAAGAGAUACUCUGACAAACUGCUGCUUCUUAUCAUCAACUAGCUCUUCAAGCAAAAUACUAAGCACAUGAUCUACCUUUCAAAUAUACUAUAUUAAAUAUGACAUUAUUUCUAUUUUUUUCCGUCAUGACGUUGACAUCAUUCUUUUCAUAUUUGGACAUAAGCCAUUAUUGAAAUCAUAGUAUUAUGUAGAAUGUUAUUCUAACAGAUUAUAAUCAUAAACAAACACAGAAACUGUA